CCGUGCCGCGCCGUUGCCCGCGCGGUGCGCAUGCGCGAGUUACUGUGCAGCCGCUGCAUCUCCAAUGGCGACGGGUGCUGGUUGUCAGGGAUCAAGAGUGAGGCAAACAUCAGAUGUUUGGUACAACCAUAGAGUGUACUCUAGAUAUUGGCAACAUUACCAACAAGCUAUGGGAUGGUUACAGAAACAUAGAAGGGCUUAUCGUAAAUCAGCCGGGUUAUUUGAGUAUUCACCCUGGUGUAACACAGGAUCUGCGGCAAGUCAUUUUACCGACCGGCAUCAUGGUUCAUCAUGCUAUUCUUCAAGACAAGUUCAGCAAGAUGAUCCUGGUCAAAGCAGAUGGCAGCAGUGCCCAUUCAGCUCAGAAAAUGAAGAGGAACAUAUGAAAGAUGAAACUGAUUCAAAUGCUGAUAGUGAAAGGGAAAGUGACUCAGAGACUGAAUUGGAAUGUGACGUCAGCAAUGUGGAAAUAACUGAAGAAUUACGUCAGUACUUCGAACAAACGGAGAAGCACAGAGAGGAGUUAAAGCGACAACAGCAGUUUGAUGCCGAACAGCAGAAUACCUAUGUGUUGGCUGACCGGGAUUUUCACAGCACCUCAGGGAGAACAAUCCAGCCACCUGCAGAAAGGCCUGGUGAAAGGAGAAUGGUUGAGAUGAAGAAAUUAUAUGGAGACGUUGCGGCUAAAAUCCAAGGAAUGGAAACUGCGAUGCAACUCUCAUUUGAUAGACAGUGUGAUAAAAAGCAGCCAAAGUAUUGGCCUGUAAUUCCUCUUAAGUUUUGAUUGUAUGUUUGAUUGUAGUGAUUUUUUUGGAUCAUUGCCAGUUAUUUCCACUUGAAUGCUACCACAAUAUUUUACUUUGAUGCUCUUUUAUGUCUGAAUAAACUUUGUAUCUUUUAUCAUAA